AUGGAGGAUUCAGGCAGCCUCGUGGAGGCCCUCGAGGAUGCAGGCAGCCUUGUGGAGGCGAUGGAGGAGUGGCUUGCAAGCCAUGAGUUCGACCAGGCUUGGCGCGGGUGCUACGCUCAAGCCUGCAGAGGCUCUGGGAGGUCCGACCGAAACAUCUCGGAGAACGUUCUGUACGCCACCGCGGAGGCCGUGCACGAGCACCUGCCAGACUGCCUGUCCGCUUGCAUCCCAGAGCCGGACAAGGAGUUCGUGCUGGGAGCACUGGAGCAGAUCUCCGCGGAGGACAUCCGGCGAGCGGGCGUCAAGGACCUGGACCACUUCGAGGCCGCCCUGGUGGUGGUCUACACGCAGCUGGCCAUCUGCGCCGACCUGUUCAGGAAGCAGAUGCCGGGCAUCGCCGAAAUGGUCGAGGCCGGCUAUUCCGUCGCGUGA